GACAUUAUGAAAAUAUGAACUGUGAAACUUAGUCUUAGUUCCAUCUCUUACUAAUCUUACUAUUACAUGGUCUGUGAAUCUGUGAUUAUGAAUAUACGAAUAAUUAUUGAUAAUGAUAUGUCAUGCAAAGAGUAUAAUAAGUACGAUGUCAUGUUAUGAGACCUGCCUAUCUGGGUUCCUCAUUUCUAUAAAAAUAUUUUAAGUGAAACCUUGAACUUCGACUUUACCUGUUCCACAAGCUAUUUACAUAUUCACUGUACUAUGUUAACUUUUUGAUUAUGUACAAAAUAAUAUUGUCACAAGAAAAACAGAAUGGAAAAACCAAACGAACCGAACCCCGAAGACUGUUGCAACAGUGGCUGUAAUCCUUGCAUAUUUGACAUUUACGAGGAGCAGUUAAAACUAUAUAAAAAGUAUUUGUUGAAUAAAGAAAGUGUAAAUGUUACACCUCAAGAUAAUGCUAUAUCUCAGUUGAAGUACACAGGUUUUGUCUUGGUAAAAAAUUUGCCUGUGGGCCAUUUACAUCAUCAUUUAUUUUUCAAAAAAAAAUCUGAGGAUAAUAUGAAAGUUUCUUGGAAACCUGGUGAUCAUUUCCUUUAUAAAUACAAUUCAGAUAAAAACUCUUGCACAAGGGCAUAUACUCCCUUAAGAGUACAGAAUGAGCAAAGUUUGAUAAGUGAUUUUUCAAUUAUUGUCAAAAAAUAUGAACAUGGUUUGGUUUCAAGUCAGCUAUGCAAUUUAGACGAAGGAAGCAUAACAUUUUGGAGAGGCCCAUAUGGGCAUUACAAUUUACAAUGUAAUAAAUUUGAAAGAAUUAUUAUGAUUGCACAAGGGACUGGAAUAGCACCAUUUAUUUCAAUAAUUGAGACUAUUUUAAACAAUGAAGAUGAAUUAACCAAAUUAAUUCUAAUAUAUUGCUGCAAAAAUGAAAAUUCCAUACUUUUUCGAGAAGAACUAUAUUCUUACAAGUCAUAUUGGAAUUUUAAGUAUGAAAUUUUUGUAAGCAAUGCAAGCUUACCCUUAAAAUGUAGGUACCAAGAACCAAUAAAAAGCCAUAGGUUUAGCUCAAACAGUUUGUUGCCUCUAAAACCUUUUACAAAUAAUGACCAAGUACUUAUAUGUGGAGCUCCGGAGUUUAAUAUGACAUAUAAAUUGUAUUUAGAAGCAGAAAUACCUGAAGUAGAAAAUAUAAUUUUAUUUUAAA